UAAAUUAACUAACUGGGGAGCAUAAAAUAUUCUUAUAAAAUAUUUAAAAAUUUGAAUAUGUUGAAAAAUCGAUUUGUCUAAAGUUCUUCUGCCUAGCAAUUGCAAUAACGGCAUGUUCAGUGAGUUGAAAAUUUCCGAAAAAGAAAGAAAGCGAAAGCUUCCAAAAGUUAAUAUACUGUAUGCUAUUUAAGGGAAUUAUUUGAUUUGUUUUGAUAUUUAAAUUCGCCGGAAUAAUCAAAUCAAAAUUGAAAUGCUCUCCCAUCUACAUACUCGUGUUUUCACAUAUGUUUGCACAUACAUUCAAGCACAGGCGCCUAUUAUUGAAUUGCUUUUUAAUUUGAUUUGCAGCUUGCAGGUAAUUUCAGUAGCAACAACAAGCCCCAGUCUUUAUUAACGGCAUCUCGUUAGCAUUCAAAAUUUGAGAUAACGCACAGCAUUACAUACGGAAAUGAUAGUGACUUCCAGUGUUGAUAAUUACGCUUUAAAUGGAACCGUUGAAAUUACGACAGUCCUUUCGGCCUUAUUCGGCGUGAUAGCUUUGAUGCUAUUGAUCUUUCUUUAUGUGCAUCGCAAAUGGUGUUUUCACGCCCGCCGAGGUUUGCACUGCUGUGAUGAUAAAUAUUUGGCAUCGAAAUGUGUGCAAAAACUUUCGCGUAAACGACGUUAUGAAAACACUAGUUCGGAUUCGGAAGAAGAUAUUUUGAGGAGAUUACGCUUGCAACAAGCGCGAUUGACCUCUCCACAUGGUGGAGGAGGAGCAGGCGUUGGACAGUAUACUAGCUACGGCAUAAAUCAAGUUAAUCCACUAUCGCAGAAUUUCGCUUACGUUAGUAGCGACUUACAACGAGUAACUGUCACGCCCAGAGAUUUCUCACGGGAUCCUUUGGCGAUAGCAGAACGUGGCAAGGUUGGUAUACCAUCGUCACACAGCGAAUGCAGUUCAAAUGAUUCUGUAGAAGCCUCGUUCGAUAGUAAUACGGGUAUUUUAAUGGCCGAAAAAAAAGAACGAAAUCACAUUGUCAGCAAAACGCCAGAAACAAAUAUAUCUUCCUCUUCUUCUUUAAAAGAAACGCGUGUAGAGUGUAAUGUAGAUCCCUCCAAGUCAAAUAAAUAUCAGAAAAGCUCCUACCUUAACGCACGAACUACAACGCCGCCACGCGAAGAUAGUUUAGAAGAUGAUAAUAGUAACAUAGCCAAUAGCAAUAACAACAAUAAUCUUAUUGAAGAUGAACCAUUGUUUGAUACUAGUGACCUUAGAUCUUUAAAGUCUGAUGACAUUUCGAUGCAAACCCAGUGUUAUGGGAAAAGCGGUAGCGUUGAGAUAUCCUUAUUGUACGAUGCUCCAUUACGCAAGAUGACCGUUCACGUUUUACAGGCAAGAGGAUUGCCCGUCUUGGGCAAUGGUCAGCAAACCCACACUCAAGUGCGUCUUCUUAUGUUACCGAACAAAAAACAAAAGCAUAAGACGAAAAUCCGUUCCGGCGAAAAUCCUCAAUAUAUGGAAAGUUUCUUGCUGCAUCGUGUUACUCCAGAAGAAGUCAAUAACAUGGGCUUGCGUGUACGCUUAUAUGGUUGCGAACGCUUACGGAAAGAACGACUGAUUGGAGAGGCAUAUUGCAGUUUUGCAACUAUCGACUUGGAAUUGGAAACAAAUUUGUGGCUUCCUUUAGAGCCAAGAAAUACUUCGUCGGUUUUGGGUUCAUCUAGUGAUCUUUUAAGUUUAGCUCGUUCUGAUAGUGCCGGCUCGACAACUUCAAUGCAACAUGGGGGUGUGCCCGAAUUACUUCUAAGUCUAGGCUAUAAUGGUACGACGGGACGUCUCACCGUUGAAAUUGUCAAGGGCAGUUAUUUUCGUAGCUUAUCACAAAACAAGGCUCCCGACACAUACGUGAAAUUGUGCUUGGUCAGUAGUAUCGGUCAGGAGAUCUCACGAGCAAAAACUUCAACGAGGCGGGCUCAGCCAAAUCCGCUGUUUAAAGAAACAUUUGUAUUUCAGGUUGCCUUAUUUCAAUUGAAUGAUGUUACAUUAAUGGUUUCCGUUUACGCUAAACGUAAUAUGAAAAAAAAUGAAAUGGUCGGUUGGUUUAGUCUUGGGUUAAAUUCUUCCGGGCCUGAGGAAGUAGCCCAUUGGGUGGAUAUGCGUGAUAUGGCAAAAGGUGAAUUACUGGCACGUUGGCAUGUGCUUGUCGAUUCUUGAUUCGAACAGCUGGGACAAUCUUCGAGACGUGGCAGUGCGUUAGGUAUAUUAGCAUCAUUCUCCUCCUCGAAGGAUAAGUCCAAGCCGAAAAAACUAAAAGAAGACCAAAAUCUCAACCACGAUAAUAUGGUGGCUGUUGAUAUUGAGACUGGCCUAGAACUAGACUUCGUAUAGAUUGGCAUAUAAAAUAAAUUUGUUUAGCACGACCGACUUGCGCUUCUCGUACACAUAUAUUAAUAUGUAUAUAUGCGGGUAAGUGUAUCAGAUUAUAGUUAAUAACACAAUGCAAAACCGAAAGAAAAAAUUGUACAAAACUUUUUAAGAACAAACAAAAAACUUUUGCUAAAAAGAAAACGUAUUGGGCUUCUUGAAAUCUUGUCUCAUAGUGGGCAGAUAAAUUUUGUUCGCAAUUGUUUUGUCGUCACCUUGACUAAGAAUUUACGCAGACAUGCUUAUAUCUUUUUUGUUAUUUAAUAAUAAUAAUAAUAACAACAACAACAACAACCACAGCUAUUUUACUUUGGUUGUCCAAUGAAGAACAAUGUAAACACACCACAAAAAGAUAUUAAUAAUUUAUAAGGAGGUAACACGCCUGUACCGGGAACCAAAAGCCCACUUGCUUAUACAUUUUAUUUUUGAGAAUUUUGGAAUCAUUUUGCUCUUUCAAUACACAAGUAAAGCAGUUGCAUUUAUGAUUUUUCCUUUCUAUCUUGUUUAGCUUCUACAUCGUAUGCCGCCAAAGCUUUAAAAUUUCGAAAAUUGCAUUUUCGGUAUUCGCAGGCAGUGACUUAACGUCAUUAACGGCAAAUCUUCUAGACUUAUUAGUUAUGAUAUAUAUAUACAUAUAUAAUUGCUUUUACAAUCAAAUAUCAUUUAAUACCCGUAACAGAACAGAACUUUUUCAAUCAUCUAAAUAAUCCGGGGAAGUUGUUAUACAUAUCAUAUCAAAGAGGAGUAUGCAUCGAGCUCAGAUUAUAUAUUAUGAUCAAAAAGAAUAGCCCUUGGGACUAGCGCAUAGAUAUUGUCUUAUGGCUUAUUAACAAAAACCAACAAGAAGAGGGAAACCAUUAUUUGUACAAAGUACCAGUACCAGUCGAUGAGUUCUUAGUUUUUGAAAUAUUCUAAUAGUAAUUUCGUAAUCCAUAUUGAUAAUUACGAUGCAUAUUUCUAAGCACUAAGAAAAUUGUUUCAAAAAGCUUAAUCCAGUAUAUUUGUUGCGGUUAAUUUUUAAUUUGACCGAACGCUCCCGAUUUUAUUAAAAACCCUCGUGCAUUGCAGCUGUUAUUCGAGAUCCUUCGCCUAUUCGGCCACUAAGGCGGAUAUCCGCUUAACUAGGCGGGCGGCUUAUAUUCAAAUUUUUAUCUACAUUUACACUAAGGUUCUUUCAUAUUUUUGCUUCCUUCGAAAAACCUCUGGAUUAUAGGAAACUUCACUGGAUUGACUGCUUCGCUUUAUAAAACAAAUUUGCUAGCACUCAUGUUUUUCUAAUAACUGAAUGUUGUUGUUGCGCUGUUGUGCUAUUUGCCAACUUUUUUAUCUCGUCCUGACGAAGGACAAUUUGUCGUGUUUAUUUAUUUAUUUAUUUUUUUUUAAUUUUUAAAAUAAUAUUUAUCUAAAAAUUUUGCUACAAGAGGUUGCUCAUUUUAUUUUUCUUUGUCUUUUUUUGAUUAUUCAUAAAUAAAGAUACGUUUACUUUUGUAAUCCACCUUUCGUCGCUAUUGCAAUGACGAAGCGUGUUAUUUAUGAAAGCUUAACAAAUGUACUUCAAAAUAUGAAUGCAUAACAAGUGUUUUUUAAAAAAAAACUAAAGCCGGCUAAAAAUUAUAUAAAAAUAUAUAAAAAAGAAAAAAAAAAAAAAGAAGAAAAGUAUACAAGAUUUUUGUAAUUUAAGCACAGAUUUAACUAUCUUCAUUAAGGAAGAAACAAUGUCUAGCUGUUUACCAAUAUUCUCUCAUUAGGGAAAUUAUGAAGGAUAUGUUAACGUGAGGUUCUCUCUUUAGAUUUUAGUGAUUUAAACACAAAUCACUUUCUAUUUUU